AUGUCAGGUUGCGACUCUCAAAAAGCUGACGGUUCAAAGAACAGUAUAUUAUUGUCAACGAAUUCGAUUGACGAAGGUUUACCUCGAGAGCUAAGUCAGUUAAGCCUUUCAAGUGCUUCCAGCACGGAAGAAUUCUUUUGUGACAAAGGUCAUGCCGACGCUGUAUUAAAAAAUAUAUUUAACUAUUUUCAAUCACACAAAUUAUGCGACGUGACGCUCAUUGCAGGAGGAUGCAGAAUCACAGCACACAAAGUUGUCUUAUCAUCAAGCAGCGAGUACUUUGCUGCAAUGUUUACUGGUUCUCUGAAAGAAGCUCAGAUGGACACCACUGAAAUAACACUUGAGCGAGUUGAUCCUCAAGCACUGCAGGACCUUGUUAACUAUUGCUAUACUGGCACAAUAGAACUGAGAGAGGAAACAGUUGAGGUGCUCCUUUCAACAGCAAGCUUAUUACAGCUUAAUUCUGUUACAAAAGCAUGUUGCGCUUUUUUAAAUAAGCAGCUGGACCCAUGUAACUGUCUAGGAAUAGCUAUGUUUGCUGAGCAACAGUCCUGUUUGGAUUUACACAAAAGUGCUUUAAAAUACACAUACCAGCACUUCAUGCAGGUGGUAAAGCAUCAAGAAUUCCUGGCUUUAACAGAGGAACAGUUAGCAAACCUCUUAAAAUCAGAUGAUCUGAAUGUAGUUACUGAAGAAAAUGUAUUUGAAAGCCUCAUGACAUGGGUCCAACAUGAUAGUGCCAACAGAGAAAACUAUUUGUCAACUUUACUGAAACUAAUUAAGUUACCUCUACUUUCUUCAGAGUACUUAAUAGAUAAGGUUGAACUAGCCUGUGGUAAUGUGCCAGAGUGCCAACCAUUGAUUAUGGAGGCUGUGAAAUGGCAUCUCCUCCCUGAAAGGAGAUCUCUUCUUUUCUCACAUCGAACUAGGCCCAGGACUUCAACCAUUGGACGUCUCUUAGCUAUUGGUGGCAUGGAUGGAUAUAAAGGUGCAAGUAAUAUGGAAAUGUAUGAUCCUCGAACGAAUACAUGGACUCCGUUUAUGAGAAUGGGCGCAAGAAGAUUACAGUUUGGCGUAGCAGUCUUACAAAAUAAACUGAUUGUUGUGGGGGGUAGAGAUGGACUGAAAACACUAAAUACGGUGGAGUGUUUUGAUCUGUCAUCUUUGAGUUGGAGCGUCCUGGCACCUAUGAGCACACACCGGCAUGGGCUGGGGGUAGCAGUCUUAGGAGAAGGAGCAAACUCGCCCGUGUAUGCUGUGGGAGGACACGAUGGAUGGAUAUACUUGAAUUCAGUAGAACGGUGGGACGCGUGCUCGCGCACGUGGACGAUGGUGUCGCCCAUGACGGGCGCGCGCAGCACGUGCGGCGUGGCGGCGCUGCGCGGCAAGCUGUACGCAGUGGGCGGGCGCGACGGCGGCGCCUGCCUGCGCUCCGUGGAGUGCUACGACCCCGCGACCAACUACUGGACCAACUGCGCGCCCAUGACCCGCCGCCGCGGCGGCGUCAGCGUUUGCGCUGCGGGAGGAUUUCUGUACGCCAUGGGAGGUCACGAGGCACCGGCCAACACCGUAGGAGGGCGGUUGGGUUGUGUGGAACGAUAUGACCCAGUAGCAGAUACGUGGGUGCUUUUAGCACGUCUCUCUUAUGGGAGAGAUGCUAUAGGUUCCUGUCUACUUGGUGACAGAAUCGUUGCUGUUGGUGGAUACGACGGAGUUCAGUACCUAUGCGUAGUAGAAGUGUACGAUUCUGAAUCGAAUUGUUGGCGUAAGCUUGCUCCCUUGAGCACUGGCCGGGCCGGAGCUGCUGUAGUUGCGGUACCGCCGCCGAAAAACUUAUUCUGA